UGUCGUCCUGACAGUCUGCUCUUUUUUUUUUUUACUUCUUUUUUUCAUCGGAUCAGCUUCAGAACGGUACUGAAAUGGCGAACGUGGUGUUGGAGUUUAACGCUUCUGCCGGAGAUUCCGAACCACAAAACCGUCCUGUUCUGAUUGUUGGACAACAGUCAAACCUGCAGCAACUGAGCUGGAGCCAAAUCAGCGGAAAACUGCAGCCAGUUGUUAGCAAAGAGAUUUGGAAAGCAGCGCUCAGUGCUUUGAACCCAAACCCCACAGACAGCUGCCCUCUGUAUCUCAACCAUGCAGUGGUGGCUGCCCUUCCACCACGGGUCAGCAGGCACAACAGUCCAUCUUCUGCUCAUUUUAUCUCCCGUUUGGUUCGUUCCUGUCUACCUGGAGGAAACAGCCGUUGCAUAGUGAUAGUAUGUGAGCGUUCAGAUGUGUUUGCAUCCUCCUGUGCCGUUGCCAGGGCCUUCCCCAUCUUCUCUCGCCGUUCUUCAUCAUCACGCCGACCUGAAAAGAAGCAUGUUACUGUGGAGUUUCUGAUCACUGGCAAGGAUAGCAACCCUCUGGAGCUCACCGAACUUGAGUGUCUUUUUAAUGCUGCUGAUGGAGUGCGUCUUGCAGCUCGCAUUGUUGACACACCAUGCAACGAGAUGAACACAGAUCACUUCUUGGAUGAGAUCAAGGCUGUGGGCUCUGAACUUGGAAUUACUCCAGUGAUCAUUUGUGGAGAGGAAUUAAAACAGAGAGGAUUUGGAGGUAUUUAUGGAGUUGGUAAGGCGGCAGAGCACUCUCCUGCAUUAGCAGUGUUAAGCCACACUCCAGAAGGAGCAACCCAAACUAUUGCAUGGGUGGGCAAAGGCAUAGUGUACGACACUGGAGGCCUCAGCAUCAAGGGAAAGACCACAAUGCCGGGGAUGAAGAGAGACUGUGGUGGGGCUGCUGCCAUUUUGGGUGCUUUCAGAGCUGCAGUUAAACAGGGCUUUAAGGAAAACCUCCACGCAGUGUUUUGCCUCGCAGAGAAUGCAGUUGGCCCAGCUGCCACAAGACCUGAUGACAUCCACACUCUGUACUCUGGAAAGACAGUGGAGAUCAACAACACUGAUGCAGAGGGAAGACUGGUGCUGUCUGACGGAGUGGUGUAUGCCAGCAAAGACCUGUCAGCUGAUAUUAUUUUAGAUAUGGCCACACUGACAGGUGCACAGGGUAUUUCCACUGGGAAAUACCAUGCAGCUGUCAUGACCAACAGUGAGCAGUGGGAGAUUGCGUGUGUUCGUGCAGGACGCACCAGCGGAGACCUUGCUCACCCUCUGGUGUACUGCCCGGAGCUGCACUUCAGUGAGUUCACGUCUGCUGUGGCUGACAUGAAGAACUCUGUGGCAGACAGAGAGAAUGCUCAGAGCUCCUGUGCCGGCCUGUUUAUUGGUUCCCAUCUGGGCUUUGAUUGGCCUGGCGUCUGGGUCCAUGUUGAUAUAGCCUUUCCUGUCCAUGCUGGUGAGCGAGCAACAGGGUUUGGCGUUGCUUUGCUUCUGGCUCUGUUUGGUCAGGCAUCUGAUGACUCCCUCUUGCAUCAGGUGUCUCCUCUUGGUGCUGCCGUCACCAUCACUGAAGACCAGCUGGAGCAUGACAGUAAAAGAAGGCGACUGGUCUAGAACGUAUAGGACAGUUUACUCUCCUACCCGAAGUGCUCCGCAGAUACUCUUAACACAUGAAGCAAGUGCUCCUGCCCCAGGAUGAAUUCUUUUUUUAUUUUAUUUUUUUUUUAUUGUGAUUCACUUUCUGUGGUUGAAAUGUGACUUCAUUAUAUUGGACGUUACGUGAUCAAAUCAUAUAAUAAUGAUGAUGACUUGGAUUUAUAGAGCGCCUUUCAAGCUACCCAAAAUGCUUCACGAGUUACAUUAUUCAUUCACUCACACAUUCACACACAUUGGUGGUAGUAAGCUACUGGGGCAAACUGACAGAACCAUUCUGCGCUUACAGCCCCUUUGACCUCCACCUCAUUCACACCUCAUUGAAUGGGUGGAAGCCUGGAUUUGAACUGCUGACUGUUCGGUCAUAGGACAACCCACUCGACCAACUGAGCUAUUGCCACCCCAGAUAUGAUGCAUCUGAUAUAAAAACAGACCAUUAAUGGUCCAUGUGACCAGACACUGGCUGCAGUGAUCAUCAUGUUUGCUCCUUCAGCUGUCUUUAGAUGGUAAAGAUUUCAGAUGUUCCCCUCAGCAGCAGCUACUGUAACUUCAGCAGCUACAGAGUGACUCAUGCCUGCAUUUCAGACAAUCUCUGUCCUUUGUUUAUGCUGAUGCCAUACUUCUGGCCGGGGACAAUGUGUCAACGGAAAAGAGCAGAAUACGAAGGGUAUUUUUAGUUUUUGUAUCCAUGUUGCUUCAUCUUGUACAGGUUCACUGUUUCAGUUGUCAGUUACUGACAAGUCACAUGCAAAGCGUUCAUUGUCUCUUAAAUAUUCGACAGGCUCCUGUUGAAAUCAGAUUUUUAUUCCCCCGUCCAUGUGACAGUCAUUGUGUGAGUCAAUAAAGACGAUGCCACCUGACCUCAGUGUGCAUGUGAACUUAAAACACUACAAGUUUGAUUCUGCUGCAGUGUGACUGUGGAUGUUCUGCUCAUUUGGCCUAAAUUGGGCACAUUCUUAUCCCUUGAUGUUUGUUGUUUUACAUCACACAGGCUUACAGAGUUGUUGAGUCACAGUCGCGAGUUAAACUCAUUUUAAAACCUCCAGUUGGCAUUAGAGACGUUAGUAAUUUACAGUGAAAUUGAGUACAUGAAAGUGAGCUGAUUAUUUUUUAAUUAUUCUUCAGUAUUUUGUGGGGUUUUGCAACUCAGUCCAAACUUUCUAUCACAUUUACUGGUUUGUGAAGAUAAAUCUAACACUGUCCAAAUUUGAUAAAUUAUGCUCUUUUUGAUCUAAUGUCAGGGAAUGAUAUCACUGAAGAAUUGAGCCACAUGUAUAAAAUUAGGUAAAUUAAAAAUCUGAAGUCUUUA